AUGACACGGAGAUGCUUCCAGCAGCCUGCGGCUACUCUGCGUUUUCCAGCAGAUGAGCUUUCUCUCGGCCCCAGAUGCUUUCACCAACAGUUCACCAGAGGGCUCGGUGAGCAAAGAGCCUCCUUGGAAACGGAGAACCUCAGCUCCCCUUGGGUUGAAUGGCAAGGGGAAAUGGCUGCCCUCCCAGAAUUGCACAGAACACAGCAAACUGCAGUGGAGAAGGUCCGCUGCUGGAGAUGUCACCUCCCGACUCCUUCAAACAGCUCCAAGGGGGUGUGGAUGGUGCUUCUGGUUGGAAUCGGCUGUGCGGUGGAAAUUGUGAGCUGCCCAAAGGAAUGCUCUUGCCAGUAUCUGGCUGUGAACUGCACAGGGAAGCAGCUGGAGGAGUUUCCAUCCACCAUCCCUCUGGACACCAGGCAGCUGAUUUUGGCGCAAAACAAACUCAGCUAUUUGCCAUCGGUGGAGCUGAACUUCCUCGGCGACUUGAUCUACCUAGAUUGCAGUGGCAACGUCCUAGGGGAGGACUUGGACUUCACCUUUGUCAGCAUCAUCAAGCUGGUCUACUUGGACCUCAGCUUCAACAACCUGACCCAAGUCACGUUUGGCACCUUUUCCCAGCUCAGUAGCCUGGUGGUGCUCAAACUCUCAGAUAACCCCAGCCUGGUGGAGAUUGAGAAGGACUCCUUUGCCAACAACACCUGGCUGAGGCACUUGGACGUCAGCCGUUGCAGCUUGGCGUUCAUAGACACCAGCACUGUCCGGGACCUGCCCAACUUGAGGAGCCUCGGCUUCAGUGGAAAUCCCUGGUUUUGUAACUGCUCCUUUGUGGAACUCUUCGGCUGGAUGAAAGAGAGCGGGGUAACUUUUCUAGAUGCGGACAAUACCACCUGCUACAGUCCAGCUUUCAUGCAUGGCUUGAGUAUGCUGGAAGAGGGCCCAGAACGGCUCCAUUACAAGUGCUACAUCCAUUUCGACGACCAAGAUUAUCUGUUCCUGGGUCUGAUUGGCUUCUGCAUCUUCUCCGCCGGCACAGUCUUGGCCUGGCUUUUGGGUGUCUGCGCGGUCAUAUAUGAAUUCUUGACCGCCUCCGAUGAGGAUGAGGAAGAUGUUGAGGAAGACGAAACAAACUAGUAGACAUUGCUGUGUGACUAUAGGUACAAAAAGGUGGGUUUGGUGAAGAGAGGGCCAGAGUGUCUUGUUAGACUGGGAAGAUAGUACCCAGUGGCCGAUGAGAUGGAACCUUUCAUGCUACAAAGCAAGAAACAUAACAGAGUCUGUGCCGCCUGUUUUCCAGCUACUGGAAAGCUGGGAAUGGAAAAUGGAAACACUACUCACCAUAGCCAAGUCAUCUUACUUCUUCCAAAGAUACCCCAGCUUGGGAACAGCUGAACAAUGUGCUAAUAUGUUACAUGUUACAAGCUGAAUGAUGUGCUAAUAUGUUACAAAGGUGGGGUAUAAAUUUGUUAGGGGGAAAAACUGCACUCAGGGCAAUAAAAGAGAGUUCCUUUAAUGGCCAA